AUGUCAUCAGGUUAUUCCUCUUCACGAACAUUUCAUGAAGAAAGUCGUCGUGGAAAUGGUGGUUAUGGUGGUUAUGGUACACCAUAUACUUCACAAGUGACUGUACCUAUUCAACAAUCAACAAGUAGUUUUAAUAGUUCACUUAAUGAACAACGUUUACAAGACCGUCUUCGUAAUCAAGAGACAACAGUACAAUGGGUCAAUGAUCCUAUAAGCGGACAGGAAAAAUUUCGAGUGACGAUUGAUAUUAAUGGCUUUGACCAAAAUGAAGUUAAUAUGCGUGUUGAAGGUAAUAGACUUGUUGUUUAUGGUGAACAUCUUGAAAAUAAAAAUCAAAAUACAGCAAAAAAAAGUAUCGAAAAAACUUACGAUUUACCUCGUGACAUCGAUACAUUCAGUCCACGGGUAACAUUUCCAACACCAAUAACGAUGCAAAUUGAUUUUCCAUCACGUCAUUCAAAUGUAAUUGUUGAUGAUGGUCGUACAUCUUCAAAAUAUUUAUCUAAUUAUGAUACAUCUUAUCGUACAUCACCACGAUUUUCUCGAGAAAAAACUUCAAGUGAAUAUACAUCAACAAGAAGACUUGGUGGUGGUGGUGGUGGUAGUGGUGGUACUAGUACUUAUGGCCAAGGUUCAACUCCACGUAUAUAUUCUACUUAUGAUGAUAUUAAUACUGGUCGUAAUAAUAUAUAUUCAUCAACAAGUCGUUAUAGUCCAACAUAUAGAUAUAAUGCAACAACGGAUGAUAUUCCACCACGAAUAAUAUAUCCAUCAACAACAACUGGUAAUAAUGGUAAUGUAUAUGAAAAAAAAUUUAGUGAAACACAUCGUGAAAGUCAUCAUAGACGUUUAAGUCCAACAACAGGUGUACAAUCAUCACAUGAAGUAGAACAUCAGCGUUCUGGUAGUCCAUCAUUAUCUAGAAGUUUAGAUGAAGAUCGUUUUCGUACAAAUCUUACUAUUGGUGGUAUUAAUAGUAGUAUAAUACCACCAGCAUCAUCACGUAAUGUUGAAGUACGUGAAUAUUCACGACGUUUUGGUGAUAAUUUAAAUGAUAAUAAUACAUAUAAUUAUAAUUAUCAACCAUUAUUAUUACCAUCAAGUUUCAAUUCUGAUGCAUUUUAUCGAAGUGCUUUUCAACCACGAAUAUUUGCAGAUGAGCGUGGUCAAAAUCGUAUUGAAAUGAAACUUGAUAUACAAAAGUAUCAACCAGAGGAAAUAAAAGUAUAUGUUAAUGGUAAUGAUCUUAUUGUUGAAGCUGAACAUAAUGUUAAUCGACCACCAACAACAUCAUCACGAGCUUAUUUUUAUAAACAAACAACAUUACCACCAAAUACAGAUUUAAGUAGUUUAUCAUCACAAUAUUAUUCCGAUGGAAAACUUUAUAUUACAGCUAAAUUAUCUAAUGCACAACCUUCAAUUAGAUACAACUAA